AAGUUUAGACCCCACCUAAAAACUACAACCAUAAUAGAGUGAAUGAGUGAGUGUGGGUACCAUUUUACAACACUAUUAUUCAACAUUUUGGCCCUCUUAAUCUCAUUGUUACUCUCUACACUCUCCUCACUCUCUUUGCACAAUGGAAAAUGGAUUACCCUUACUUCAUUCUCUCUUACAACAUACUCUAAGAACCACAUGCUCAUUUCCUACUUCUUCAUCUUCAUCCAAAUGGGUCUAUGCUGUUUUUUGGAGAGUAGUACCAAGAAACUUUCCUCCACCAAGGUGGGAAUUUGGAGGGACUUCUCUUGAUCGUUCCAAGGGAAAUAAAAGAAAUUGGAUUAUUGUAUGGGAAGAUGGAUUUUGUGAUUUUAAUGAAUGUGAGCAAAGGAAAAAUGGAUACAUGAAUGAAAGAUUUGGAGCUGAAGUAUUCUUCAAAAUGUCUCAUGAAGUUUAUAGUUAUGGAGAAGGAUUAGUGGGAAAAGUUGCAGCAGAUAAUGGUCACAAAUGGAUUUAUAGUGACACUCAAAAUGGAUAUGAAUCUAACUAUACUGGUCCAUGGAAUGCUUCAAUUGAUCAUCAUCAACCAAAGGCAUGGGGUGUUCAGUUAAAUUCAGGCAUUCAGACUAUUGCUCUCAUUGCUGUCAAAGAAGGCUUAGUACAACUUGGUUCUUUUAACAAGAUUGCAGAAGAUCUUGAUAUAGUGCUCAACAUACAAAGGAAAUUCAGCUACCUUCAAACAAUACCAGGACUAUUUACAAUUCAAAGGCCACCAUACACACCCUUUCAACAUCCAUACAUUACAAAACCCAAUUUCCAAAUCAUUGAAAACAAUGAAAAUUCUAAGAACCAAGUAACCAAACUCAACAAUCUACAUGAAGAAAGAUCCAACUAUUUAUCCAUGCUUUCCAUAAACUUAGGUAGAAAUAAUCUUCCAACAAAUGGAACAUCAAUUCCACCUCUUUGGCCACCUCAACCUUCUUUGCCUAAUAAUCACAAAGUGAAGAUUGAAGAAGGAACAUUUCAUGUUGAUGAUUAUGGUGCUAACUCCUAAAUAAAUAGCAUUAGUUUUUCAAUAAUUACCCUUAAUUAUAUAGUACUAGUUUGCAUGUAAUUAAUUGUGUAUUAUGAGAGAUUGUUGUAUUUUGUACCAUAAUGGUGUAGGUGGCACAUUUUAUUAUGCGUGGCUAAAAUUCAAUCAA